CUGCCGAGAAGCCUUUUUAUUUACUCCCGUACAAACAAAACUUUGUGUGAAGAAGGAAGGAGUCAACAACUUUUACCGGCAGAGACGAGAGGAGCGCAGCAACUCGCCACCAACAGCACAGACAUGGGAAACUGGUUUUCGGCAGAGACAAGAGGAGCGCAGCAAUUCAUCAACAGCACAGACAUGGGAAUCCAGCUCAAGGUGCGUGGAAUAACGGGAGAGGAGAAGACCAUCGACCUGUGUGACACCGAGGAGCAACUUAAGAGCAUCACAGUGCUGCAGCUGAAGGAGAAGAUAAUAGAGGAAUUUGGUGACCAGUGCCAACCAUCAGAUCUCCGCCUAUUCUGCGAUGGCAGGGAACUGGAAGAACCUGCUUUGCUGUCACAGUGUGGAAUCAGACACAUGUCAACAAUUCUAGUGGUUCAAAGAGUAGGCCUACCUGGGGGAGGCCCACUUCCGGUAGACAUGACAGAAGUGCAGCAAUUCAUCAACAGCAGCACAGACAUGGGAAUCUGGCUUAAUGUACAUGGAAUAGACAGAAAGAUGAAGACCAUCCACCUGUGUGACACAGAGGAACAGCUUAGGGGCAUCACAGUGCUGCAGCUGAAGGAGAAGAUAAAAGAGGAAUUUGAUUACCAGGGCCAUCUAUCAGAUAUCCGCCUAAUCUACUGUGGCAGGGAACCGGAAGAACCUGCUCUGCUGUCACAGUGUGGAAUCAGACACACAUCAACAAUUGAUGUGGUUCAAAGACUACGGGGUGGGGGAAGGUUCCUGCCUCCGGUGAGAGGAGAUGGUGGAAUGGGUGACAAGGAUGGAAAAAACCGAAGUAUGGAAACUAUCACUUUUUUUUAAUACUACUGUGGGCAUAUCUGUUUCCUACUGGGACACAUUUUAACGUCACACCAGAGCUGCACUUGAGCUGCACAGGUGCCCAAACAGUUAGCUCAAAGACACUCUGCUGUGAUUUCAGUGUAAAAAAAACCUGUUCCUGAGUAUAGAAGAUUUUUCAGACCACUGCUCCAGUUACUGUGGAUUAAUAAUUGUAUUUAAAUAGUAUUGUUAUAAGUGUUGGAGAGUAACUAGAUCCAUGUAGCCUAACUUGUCACAUGUAAUUAAAAUACAAAAUAAAAGUAGUCUGUUACAGUUACUGAGAAAUAAAUGUGACUGAAUUAUAUCUAUUAAUCAAAAUGUUAGUGAUUACAAAGGAGUCACUUCUAUGCUUUGCAUCUUUACUCUGUGCAGGAAUGUCUUCUUUUGGCAUAUUUACGGACAACGCAGGGCAGCAAAGGUGUCGGGACAAAUUUGAGUGUAACACCAACAAGUGUAUUUUUAAAAGACACAAUGCACAAUGCAUGACACGCUGGCCCUGAACAUCCAAAGUUGAUGCAGAUCGGCACCUAGCACGUCAUAUUUUGAUAGAAGCAGUGAUAUUUGACAAGUUGGGAUGAGAACGCAUUGGUUCGAAUGGUUUCCAUGUGUAUUAUAUCUUUUUGGUUUUGUCUUAUCCUCUUCAUGUUUGGUCUUAAAUGCAGGUGAGAUUCAGCUCUUUCCAAAUACACAACACUAAAAUAUGCAUCAAUCUCCCACCAGAUCAAGUAAAAGGCCCUGAGAAGGAACAGUAAUUGGGUUAGAGGGUACAAAUAUUUACAAUACACAAACUGGCUCAGUGCUAUGUGGAAUAGCAACACAUUACAAUGAGUAGGGCCCCAAACCAGCUCCAGGUUGUCCCCUCAGGAUUCCAGUCAGACAAACUAAAAGUACGGACCUGAGUAACUUAUCAGUAUUUGGAUGUUAGAGAAUCAGAAUAUUUUUUUAAUAGUUGUUUGGGGAUGAUCUGAGUUGAACCAUGUUUUAUGACUUAUUUUUGUUUGUCUUUUACUGUUUUAUUAACUGAUGUGUGACCAACUGUCAUGGCAGCAAACUUUUAACCAGCACACUAAAAUCAUAUGUAGUGACCCAUUUAACAACAGAUUGUUAAUAAAUACUUUGCGGCCAUUGAACAAAGCUGGGUAAAAACUCUAAAAUGUGUCUCCUAACUCUAAAAGCGUUUUUAAAGAUACUUGUGAUGUGUCAUUGUGUGUAUAGGUUAAAGGAGCUCUUGUUUUAGUCAUAAAAUGUAAAGAAAUGUUGACAAAUGUUUCAUUUUUGUUGAUUUUGUUCUGUCUCUGUUGCAUAUUAAAGCUCUUGCCCAGUAAUAA